AUGGUAUCGACGCUGGUUAUAGAUACCGUAUUACACGCUAUCUUUAUAAUUGGAGCUCAUAAGAGACAUGUUUCGUUUUUAAAGGUCUACUAUUUCUGCGCUUUAACUUUGUUGGUAUUAACAAUUCUAUUAGGAAUAGUGAACAUUGAUUUGAUGAUAAAAAAUAUGGUAAACCAUGGCGCCGAGCACCUUGGGAAUUUAUUUGUUAUGAAAACAACUGCUAUGUUUAUUAAUUUACUUAUCCAGGCCCACAUCAUACUCCUUGUUAGAAGUGAAAUUGACAACCUUAAGGUAAUGGGUUCAGCUGAAUCUGAAGUAACAUUGCAAUGUGAAAGCUUAUUGAUCAGAAAAGAGAAGUCAAUUGAUCAAGAAACAAACAUGGUGGUAACCUUGGCGCUGCUCUUCUUUUUCCCAAUACACUUAAAACAAUUAGUAGAAACAUAUUAUUAUACCCUAGGUCAAGAUGAUGCAGUAAUUAAGCACAUUAUAGUGGCCAGUUUAGUACUGGUGGCGCUGAUUGUGGACUCUGUAUUCCAAUUUUACUUCAUGGUUGGAGUUUUUAAGAAAGAAAUAAUGUAUUUAAAGUUUUAUGAAACUUAUUCUUCAAUUCUUCUGUUAACGUUGGCUUUGGCGGAUUUUAUAACUUGCAUUGUAUUUACCGCAAGCGAGUUCAGCGAGGAUGGUGAAGAUGCAUAUAGCUUCGCAAUAUUUUUUGCCAUAUUGAUUACUCUUUUUAUCCAGUUCUACGUAUGUGUACUUGUAAGCCAUAACAUUAAGGAACUUGAAAGUACACCAGUGGUAGUGUCAGUUUUCGCUAGAUUAGAAAACAGUGAAGCCGAAGAUGAGUAUACCAUGAGGAUAGAAAUCUAG